AAAAAACUCAUUAAUCAUUGCUUUAGCUAGCUCAACAAAGCAUUCCUUUGGCGACAGCCGGUGACUAAAGUUUGAGAAUGAAAUCCACCAAGGUUUUCCUUCUCCUCGCGUUUGUCGCCUGUUUGUUGGCUCACGUUGACAAAAUCUCCGCCGAUUCUCUUUUGGACAUGCUGAGUGCUGAAAUGGAUGACAAUAUCUCUGAGGAUAUUACAACUCGCCGUUCAAUGGCAUGCACAGACGUGAGAAGUAAAAGAUUCUGCAGUCGAUUUAGAAGGUUUUGUGGACAGGGAACCGAGAAAAAUUUAAAAUUCAUGUUGCAAAAUUGUCGCCGCACAUGCGGAUGUGUUUAUUACCAGCCGCCCAAUAAGAAUGGAUAACCAGCAGGAAACCAGCAAGAAAAGACACAAUAAAAUGCUAUGAAGAUAGAGAAACGAAUUCUGUGUGAUCGCUUAUGAUAAUUAAAAGUUAUGCCAUGCAUCAUUUCCUUCUAUUUGAAAAACAACAAUGAUUUGUCUUGUUAAAAUUAGUAAAUAAAAUCAUUUGCCUUGCAUCACAUGA